UGCUGUUGAUGCGGAAGAAUGUGGUGCGCGGAUACACGGUGUACUACGACGUUACCGGUUCCGUUAAGCUGCGAGACCAAACUGCAGCAAACAAGCGGUUGAAUUAAAAUCCAAGAUGGCGACCGAGCUGGAAUACGAGUCGGUUCUGUGUGUCAAACCUGACGUCAAUGUGUACCGAAUUCCGCCGCGAGCGUCGAACCGCGCCGUCAGGGCAGCUGAUUGGAAGUUAGACGCUCCUGACUGGAUGGGCCGAAUGAGAGUGACGGCAAGGGGGAAAAUGGCCUAUAUUAAACUAGAGGAUAAGAUCUCAGGGGAGCUGUUUGCUCAAGCCCCAGUGGAUCAGUUUCCUGGUAUUGCCAUAGAAACUGUAAGUGACUCAAGCCGUUACUUUGUUCUUAGGAUUCAAGAUGACAGCGGUCGCAGUGCCUUUAUUGGUAUCGGAUUUGGAGAUCGGGGAGAUGCAUUUGAUUUCAAUGUGGCUUUGCAGGAUCAUUUCAAGUGGGUAAAGCAGGAUAAUGAAUUUAGUAAGCAGGCUCAAACUCCAGACUUGGGCCCUAAAUUAGACUUGGGUUUUAAAGAAGGUCAGACUAUCACACUCAACAUUGGGCAAAGCAAAAAGAGAGAAAAGUCCCGUCCACAAAGCUCAGGUGGCCUUGGACUGCUUCCUCCUCCUCCGAGUGGCAAAAUCGUGCUGCCUCCUUCAGCCAGCGCCACCAAUAACAACACAGAACCAUUAACAUGCGGUAGCAACAUAGGUUGUUUGCUGGACUUAGACAGCAAUGAUGCUAACACUUUGGUCCAGCCAGCUCCUCCUAGCACAAAUGCUGACAUGUGGGGAGAGUUUACGUCUGACAGCUUGUCAUCUCAGCCCUCCAAGCCGGAUUCUGCCUCUACAAACUGGGUCCAGUUCUGAGUCCGUAAUUCCAAUGCUCACUUCAUGUCCCGGUUUCUACUCAUCAUACUCAGCAACUAUCGCUUAAGUUGACCAUGCUCUCAUAUUCUCUCUCUCUCUCUCUCUCUCUCUCUCUCUCUCUCUCUCUCUCUCUCUCUCUCUCUCUCUCUCUCUCUUUCUUUUUUGCACUGUUUAAUUAUAACAUCCACAUUAACGUUUUGUACAGAAAUUAUUUAAUUGUCUUCUUGUUCAUGUAUUCUACACUCAUAGUCACCAGAUCCUCGAGAAGGACAGACUUAUAUUAAAUAAUGUGUAUAUUUGAAAAUGCGUUUACUUGAACUGGAACAAGUUGUUAGGUGGAACAGCUUCGUUUUCUAAAGUGAUCUCAAAGGUGUUUAGUGUAAACGAAACGAUUGUGUCGCCCUCUGGUGGUGCAAAUGCAAAAAAAAGACAUUAAAAAAAAGGUUGUACAAAAAAGAAAGGAAAGAAAAUGUAGUCGUGUGAACCAAAUGUGCUACAGCUCUGAAUUUCGUUUUCCAGCAUCAAUGCUCCUUCCUGACGAUAUGCAAUCAGUCUCAUUUGGAAAUAAGUCAGGAAUUCAUUCAUUUACUGUGAAGCACUGAUGUUUUUACUGCACCUUCACUCUUGCUGGCUCUAAUAAAGCCUGAUCUGUCCUAGCAGCAAUAUUCAAAUAAAUGCCAUCACACAGAAAUAAGAGAUCUAAGUCCUAAUGCCUUGCGAUAGCACAUACUUUUGUGGCUAGACCAAAUUCGAAAUCCUUCAAGACUACAUUUAAACGUGCGUCUCACACGGCAGAUUGCAGUGUUCUAGUGUGCAGUAUAGAAAACUCAGCUAUUUUAUGUGACUGUAACUGUGACAAUGUUUAUUUCUGAAGGUGAAUUAGCGUUACUUUAUCAAUGCCAGCUGUUGCUGCUAUUAGCAGGAAUUUGUUUUCCUCUUUUUUCCAUCGUGUGUGUUCAUUCUAGUAAUUUACCACAAACAUGUAUAAUCUCAAAAACACUAUGUUGUAUAUGUAUAAAUAUAAAAGUCAAUGUAAUAAACAAUGCAAGUUCAUUCAUGAGAAGGUAA